CGUCAACUUGUCAUCUGUUAUUCUGUAGGUCGAGAGUCGAGACUCCGCUUGUCGCCCGUGGCAGCCUGGCAGACGGCAGUGGCAGGUGGUUCGUUACCUAACUGCAUGAGCAAUUCACAAGCGUCUCGAGAAUGAUUACAAGCGCUCAUGAACAACUUCGUCAUGAUCAUGACUACCUUGUCAAAUUUCUGGCUCUGGGAAACUCAGGUGUUGGCAAGACAAGCCUUCUGUACCAGUUCACAGAAGGCUGCUUCAAUUCCCAGUUCACAUCAACUGUUGGCAUUGACUUCAAAGAAAAGAGAUUGGUACAUCGAUGUUCAGUGACUGGUCGUGAGCAAGGAGUGCAUUUACAGCUGUGGGAUACAGCUGGACAAGAAAAGUUCCGAAGUUUGACUACAGCUUUUUAUCGCAACACCAUGGGAUUUAUUCUUGUGUUUGAUCUCACCAAUGAACAGUCUUUCCUUGAUAUCAGAAGCUGGAUGGAGCAACUUAGGACGCACGCGUACUGCGAAAGCCCCGACAUCAUCUUGGUGGGCAACAAAGUUGACCUGACGGAGCAGCACGUUGUUUCGGAGGCACGAGCACGGGAUGCCGCCUUCAAACUGGGCGUACCGUACAUGGAAGCGUCGGCAGCGACAGGCUUCAACGUGACGGCGUGCGUGCUGGCGCUGGUCGACGCAGUGCUGCUGCGCAUGAAUAGAGUGGUGGACGACACGAGACUCACGCUCGGCAAGACCGUAUCACCCGAUGAUGAAGUGACUUCGGUCUGUGUUUGCUGAGACGCAGUUACCGUCUGCAGAGAAAGGGUUGUGUGUGCGUCAGAGCAAUAGAGAUCACGCAGGUUUUUGUACUGUGAAGGAUCCGUAUGUAUAGUCACCUGAUAAGAUGGAUGGCUCUGUAAAACGUUGUGACCGACGAUGAUGAUGAUGCCGUCACGGUCUUAAGUCGUCAGAAACGCUGCCGCGAUCUGGAGAAGACGAACGGCAUUGGUGUGGAAAAAAUGGAUACGUAGAAGGUUUCAUUAACUAAGAAGCUGAUUUUUAAAAAAUAAUAAUGAGAAAACGUGAGAUCCUGUUGACUGAAUCCGGUUGACGGAAUCAUAAUGGUGUAAUUGAAUUGAACUAUAUAUAGUAAUUAGUGUAUACCGUACUUGAAGCUUUCUUUGUGUUGAUUCUGCAAUUGGAUGGUUCCGAUAAAAAAUUCAAUUUUAUCUCUAUAGGUACUUGUUUAUCAAAUAAUCCAAAUACCUAUCUGUUCAUUUCCAGUGAAUCUCAUUACUGAUUCCUUAAGUUCAUUAGGUAGUUGCCAGAAAUAGAUCUCUAACUUGUCCAGCUCGUACGUUAUCGAUUCUAGUCCAGCCUGCUGGACACAUCGUAGAAAUCAAACCGAGAUUGAUCUCAGUGAUUUAUAUUAUCAUUGCCUUUUCAAUUCACUAAUGAACGUGCUUCCAGUUAAUUAUUUUCGUUAUAAAUUGCCAUUUUCUUUAAACCGUUUUACGUCGAGUUGAAUAUUUUUUGUUGAACGACUGCUCAUCGCUCAGUCUUGAACGACUUGAAUCUCAUCGUUCAAGCCUUGAAUUCCCUUUGAAGGACUUCUUCGUUUUGGGGGAAAAACGUCAGAUCUACAGUCGUCAAAACUACAACGGUUUAUUGCGACGCGGCAAUACCGUAAGGAAGAAAUUUUUGGAGAUUCUAAACGAAAUUGUGUAACCUUUAUUAAUCUUAGUUUAUCAUGAAAUCAUCUUAUCGAAUUUUAAAGUACAGCUUCUAAGGGCAUCGCACCUUUCUUUAUUCUUUACAAAGAAAUGAAAAGCUCACGGAAUUCCGUUUGUUUUCGAAUGUAUGACCUUUUUAAAGUACCUAAUGAAGAUUAAUUUAUCAAUUUUGGCGGUUUCGUUAAUUCUUAUUUCAUUUUUGAUACAUAAAAAUAUUAACCUUAGUUUUGGUAAGACCAUUAAUCAUAGUUUGUAAUUGUUUGUUGGAGUAAAUUCUUACGAUUUCA